CAAACUUUUCCCGUAAACGUCAAAAUAAUUAAUAAUGAACACAAAUAUUUGCCGAUUAUGCUUAAACGAAAAGCCAGAGGAUAAUUUACAAAGUAAAAACGAAAUUCUAGGCGUAAAUUAUUAUUUUAUUGUAGAAUUUUGUACAAAUUUAAAGAUUGAUAAGGAUUCUGAUUUGCCUGAUAAAAUAUGCAAUAAAUGUAUUGGAUUACUGGUUAAUUACUAUAACUAUAAGGCUGAUAUUUUAAAUAACGACAAAAAAAUAAAGCAAAAAUACAAUGAUGUUAAAAACGAAGACUUGGUCGAUAUCUCAUUUGAAAAUAGUGAAAUUAAUGACACAGAAAUUAUUGAAAAUAAACCAAAAAUCCAACAUCGUAAACAAAAUAAAUAUCAGUGCGAAACAUGCGGAAAAUUUUUAGUAAACAAAACAAAUUUAACAUAUCACAUGCACAUUCAUAAAGACCACAGACCGCAUUCUUGCAAAUACUGUGAAAAAACUUUUUUAAGGCAAGAACAUCUUCAAAAACACAUCCGAUGUCACACAGGUGCAAAACCAUAUAAGUGCGAAAUUUGCAAUAAACAUUUUUCACAAAAUUCGACGUUAAAAGUACACAUGAGGACCCACAAUGGGGACAAACCUCAUAUGUGUGCUAUAUGCGGAAAAUCAUUUAGUCAGGCUACAACUUUAAAUUAUCAUAUGAGAAUACACACAGGAGAAACACCUUUUAAAUGUAAUAUAUGUGAAAAAGGUUUUGCACAUAUGGGGAAUCUAAACACUCAUAUGAGAUUCCACACAAACGAACGUCCACAUGAAUGCGAAAUAUGUCACCAAAAAUUUUUCACGACUUCUCACCUAAAAGUCCACUUAAAACAACAUAGUGGGAUAAAGUCGUAUCAAUGCACUAUUUGCGAGAAAGGCUUUGUCAGAAAUGGUGAUCUAAAGGCCCAUAUGGUGAUACACAGCGGUGAAAAACCAUUUGGUUGCGAGAAUUGUUCUAAAAGAUACUCUCAGAGGAGUCAUUUAAAUAGACACAUGAAAAGUCAUGUUAAAACAGCAAGAUAAAAAAAUAGUUAUUUUAUUU